UGGGGUAGUAUGUUAUAGAACAUAAUCACAUCAGUAUAGGUGCUAGAGUAGCCAGCACCGGCAUGUUAUCAGUACAUGAUUGAGGUUGUACGAUACGGUUUAAACGAUAUAAUUUGACAGAUACUAAUUUAAUUUUUCAAAAAAUCAUUUUAAAUUUGUGCAAAAAUUAUAAAAUACACGCAUAACGCGAAAUUAAUCAAUCAUAAAGAAAUAUCGUUUUAUUCUUCAUCACUCAAGAACUGGUGGUCAAAAUGGCGGAAAAGAAUGACUCGCCGGGUUCCACUUCAACUUCUACCGGACAUGAAAGUCAACCACUACUUUCAAGUUUUAUAACUGAAAUUGUAAAGAGUCCAAUAAAUCUUGUUUUAGUAGGCGUAAUUGCCCUUUUGGUUUACAAAAUUGUUAAAAGUAAGACAAAAAUUGAAGAACCUGUGAAAGUAAAAAAACUGCCACAAUUGCGUCGUGAUUUUACACUUGAAGAAUUAAAAAAGUAUAAUGGUAAGGGACCAGAUGGACGAAUAUUAAUUGCUAUAAACGGUAGUAUCUAUGAUUGUACCCGUGGUGCCCACUUUUAUGGUCCUGGUGCUCCAUAUGAAGUAUUUGGUGGAAAAGAUAUUAGUAGAGCCUUAGCAAAAUUUUCAUUGGAAACAUCACAGGAAUAUGAUGAUCUAAGUGAUUUGAAAACUGGAGAAAUGGAAUCUAUAAGAGAAUGGGAAGAACAAUUUAAAGAAAAAUAUGAUUAUGUAGGAAGAUUAUUAAAACCUGGUGAAGCACCUACAAAUUAUUCAGAUGAGGAAGAUGAAGGUAGUCAACUUGAAAAUGAAACAAAGUCUAAGAAUGAUUGACUGUUUGAUUUUAUAUCAAAUGUUAAACAGUCAAAAGGAUAUUGCGCACACACCAUUGAAAGAACUCUUAAAAUUGUAGCUAAUGAACAUAUUUAUGGACAUUUAUCUGGAUAUUUUACUACAUCAUAAUGAUAAAAUAAAAAUUAAAAUGGUAUCUUUUGAUCAAAUUAAAAAUAUAUGAUUAUUCAAAAUUGUUAUAUGUAAAGACUUUCUUUGAGUAUCCAAUUUUUCAAUCAACAAGGAUACUUUAAUAGUAUAAUGUUUUUAUAUAUGUACAAAAGAUUUCUUAUACACAUCUAUAAAACUGGCACUAGAAAUAAGAAAAGUUUUGGACUAUAUUCCAUUAAAUAUCUUUGUUUAUAUUCAUUCACACCAUAUAGCAUUUGGUACAUGUAUACAUGUAUUUGGUAUCUGUAAUCUUUAAUAAAAUGGUGUUAUAUUU